UCAGAAGCUGCUCUCUCGCCCUGCUCCUCCGUCUCUCACUCAAUUUCUUCUCCUCUGUUGGUCUUGCCUGUUUUCCUCUCAAAGUUUCUCCAUCUAGCUCCUGCUUGGGCUCGAUAUGUGUGUUGUACUUCUCCAUUCUGGUAUCAGAAAGAAACAGAAAGUUUUACGUAAUAGCUAAAGACACAACUGUCACCUGGUAUUUGAUCGUCCACUUGAAAGAAGUCUGUCUGGUAUGCCAAUCUGGUUCAAGGUGUUUGAUGGUAUGCCUGAAACAGUAGAAUACCAAUUUUUUCCAGGUGUUCCAUGAUAUGCUCAUCUAUCAUUCAGGAAAUACAAGGUACAUUAUUACUUAAAAUGGACAGUAUCGUUAGCCUAUCUAUCUUGUGUUUCAUUUUUGUCUUUUGGUUGGAAACCCCAACCCUUUAAAUCCUGAUACCAUAACAAGAGAAUUUGAAAUUAAAACUUAAUAUCAUAAUAAGAGAAUUUGGAAUCAACUAAUGAGGUAUCGAUUCUUUGAAUUACAUUUGAAGUUAAUAAAAAUGUACUAUAAAUCUAUAUUUUCACGAAUUAUUGUCUCUGUGUAUGUGUGUAUAGAAUUUGAAGGAUUACAUAUAUGAACCAACUAUGAUAGCAAAUAUUUUGGGAAAGCAAGCAAUCCUUCCGAGCCCUCUGUCAUCUUCAUAUAUCACUUAAGGCCGGCCCUGAACAUGUGUGCUUUACUUACACGGUUUCUGUUAGGAUUUUGCCAAUCAUCUCAUGAAACUUGCAUUAGUUAGUGGACCGCAUUUUAAUUUUCCCACUCAUAAGAGGUGUGUAUACAACGGAAGUUUGUUUUGAAAGAUAUAAAUUUCAGGUUCAUGCCUGAGAUCAGUUCAUCAAGACGAAUAGAAGGAGCCUAAAAUUUUUGAACCUCAAUACCUGUCAGAAUACCUGUCGUUGAAGAAAUAGAUGAAGCAAAAAUGAGAACAAAACUAAAGUCCUCAACUAUAUCGAAGUUCUUUUCUCUGCUGUUGAUCAUGCUCAUGAUUGCUUUUGUUGUAUCGAUUACUGAUUCUCCAUUAGCUGAGGUAAAUGAGGCUGAUAGCUCAGAAAACGAUCUAGAACAAGGACAGUAUGACUUGGAGAUUGAACAUGUUUCUUUAGUUAUCCUAGCUGAGGGGAAUCAAUACUCUGAUAGUUCAGAAAGGGAUCUAGACCAAGGGCAUCUUACAGCUUCAUAUCUUCAGCUUGAGUUGGCUGAAACGACUAUGAGUUUUGAUUCUGUACUUGAGUCAGUGAACCACAUUAAUACUGAAAGCUUAAGCUCUGUGAAAGACGAUUUUGCUUCUGAAGAUGCCCAACCUUUGAAAAUGCUGCAGAGAUCUCCGAUUGAUAGAAAUGGAGGUAAUGUUGGAGCAUUCCAUAUCCUGGGAAUUUCCUCAUCCUCACUUGUCCUGGGUUUGCUAGCUGCGACAGUUCUCCAGCUCUAUCUAAAGAGGAGAUGUGAUAAGAUCAUUCUUCAUCCCGUAGAUGAAGUCUCAAAACAUAAUGUUGUCAAAGAGAAAGAAUAUUCCUCUCAAAACUGGCCAACAGAGGUUGAUGUCUCAGGGGAGUACUCUUGUACUUCAGAAAUGAGCUGCAGCUUUCAGAUGAGUUCAACUUAUAAAGAGAAAUAUCCCGAAUCAGUAAAUGAUGACGAAGCUCAGAGCAUAGAGAAGAAACCAAGAAAGAGUAAUAGGAGAGAGUCCUUGGCUGCGUCUGAUGAGUACUCAAUGGGUUCACCUUCUUAUGGAAGUAUCACUACAUACGAGAGGGUUCCUAGCAAGCAUGCAAGUGGAACGGAAAAUGCCAUCAUCCCCGUAAGGCGCUCAAGCAGAAUUAGAAGCCAUGUCCCUUCUUCAACAUUUAGAUUCUGAAGAUGUUUUGCUUGUUUGCUAGAGCAGAACCAGAAGUCAUGUAACAAGCAAACAUCUUUUAGGCAUAGUCAUUCCUAACUAAUACAUUCUGACGCAAUUGAAGUGAUCCAGACGUAGUGAUUUGUGUUCUUUUUUAUGUUUUACUUAGCUGAUGGCUUUGAUAGUGCAACUUUCUACAUGCUGUUUCUGUAAGUGGAGAAUUUCCAGUGAUUUGUGCAUAACCCUUUCUACAUACUGACUCUGUGAGUUGAGGUUUUUCAGGUGGUUUGGUGUAACACUUUGCUUGACCUCCUUGUAGUAGCUGGGGCACUGAAGAUCAACCUGGUAGAUCAGUUAAUGUUGA